AAGUUUCAAAGCCAAAUCUUGGUGAAAAUAAACCUUCACAAGUUAAAGCUGAUGUAAAAAAAACAAAUUUCUCACACGAUGGUACAGCGGAUAAAUAUCGCGAUGACUUACCAUUCAGAUCGCAUUUUGGUUUAAAGUAUGUCAGAGGAUGCGAAAUAAUUGAAAUUAUUGGGGGUGAUGGUAAACCGAUUGAAGAAGUUAGUAAGCCAAAUGUAGAAGAAAAGACUAAGAUUUCAGGAAACACGAGAACCCUUCGUGUGCUGUUGGACACAAAUCAAUAUAAA